UGGUCAGCAUGGGUGAGGUGGAGCUCUCCUGCCGGGCUUACGUAAAGAUGUACCUGCACGCCUGUCUGUUUCCGCGCUGCAGCAUCAACGGGCUGCUGCUGUCCUCCUCCAGCUCGACAGGUGGCGCUGUGUGUGUGACGGACUGUGUKCCGCUGCUUCACUCCCACCUGUCGCUGGCCCCCAUCACACAGCUGGCCCUCACACAGGUGGAUGUUUGGUGUUCUCAGACUCAGCAGAGGAUUGUUGGCUACUAUCAAGCCAACGCCUGUGCAUCAGAUAGCAGCCCGACGCCAUGUGCGCUAAAGAUAGCCGACAAGAUCACAGAGCAGUUUGAGAGUGCCGUUUURUUGAUGCUUGACGGAAAUAAAAUGUCACCAGAUUAUCGAGUCCCUCCGAUCGUCAUGUACGAGCGUAAAGAUUCAAGAUGGAUACUUAAAGACAAGCACACGAUCAUGCUGAGGCAGUGGGAGGAGACCCGGGCCAUUGCAGGCCAGAUGCUGGAGUCGGGCGACCACCUGCUCCUGGUGGACUUCGACAGCCACCUGGACGACAUCACAAAAGACUGGACCAAUCAGAAACUCAACUCCAAGAUCGAAGAACUCUCCUCGCCGGUUAACGGGAACAUUUAACCCAAAUUUGUUUGUCCGAGCUGCACUUAUUUGUUUUUUUUAGACCCUGCUGACGUCCUGAACAGACGUGACUUUUCUAGAACAGGACUCUCAGAACAGUCCAGGAAAAUUUGUUUUUUAUUUAUUUAUUUUUGACUGAACAACAUCAUGUAUAAAUAAUAUUUACAUCUUGGUAGAUCUCUUUUAGUCUUCCACAUCAUGUGCCAACCCCAAAACACUGUUCAUUUAAAUAACUAAUCCACCUUAAAAUCCCUUCAACACUA